AUGGGUACAAGCACAAUGGGUAGCGAUUUACAUUCCGAUAAGCAAGACAAAUUGCUAAAACUGCAAGCUCGAAAGAAAGAACUAGAGCAAAUGCUAGCAUCUAAAAACGAAGAACUUUAUAAGUUAUGUGUUCAAGAAGUUCAGUUAACGGGCAUCAUGCCUCCAGAAGCUCCUCUUACUCCGGAAGUACCACAAAGAGAGAGAUUGGGAAGUGUACGUAGUGUUGACAGGUCUACUGACGGUAACGACGUUCAUGAUGGAUCAGAUAAUUCGUCUAGGCGGCUUCGAAACGGUCCUGACCGUAUUCACGAUUCCGAUCCGAAUCUACGAAAGAAUAUAUCACACAGAUUGUCAACUCCAUCGAUAUCAGGUAUUUCAUCAAAAACUUCGCACUCGAGGCAUGUGCGCCGCCCUGAAACAAGCUGUUCCAAUUUUUUCCCGUCGCCUCCACAAGAACGUAAUCCUGAAACUUUUUCUAUACAUACCUCUCAUACUUAUCCCGCUUUGGCUGGCCGUCAUGACAUACCGACAGAUAACAUUCAAAACGAACUGCACCAAGGUCCAGUUUACCGACAUCAUACAUUGACUACGGAGUAUACAAAUAAGUACUACUAUACUAAUACAGGUGACCCACAAAAUGCAACACGCUUACGAGAGACUCAUUUUAGUUCGAGUCACCCUGAUAUCACAACUCAUUACACCCAUGGGACAAUAUCAACACCCCCAGCUCCUCCACCGAAUGGUAUGCGCAAUACACCACUUUUAUACCAAUAUGCAUCUCAUUUGAAGUCACAGAAUCCGCAUCUUGGAGCACUGAAUCACAACCAUCAGCCUAUGCAGUCCAAACGAAGGAAUGAUGGCGUCCGACGUAAUACUCUGCAGCGCACACAAACAUAUCACCUCACAUCGCACAGCGAUUAUAACCAGCACUUAGAAAAUAUGACAGAUGCAUACCGACCACCGAUGCCCGUUUACCAGCACAGAUCACAACCAGAUAUACAGGAGCCAGUAGAUAGGCGACAAAUAUUAAUAGAACGUAAUAUUCCAGUUCCAAACACGCUUCCAUUACGAGAACGAAACACUAUACGAAAUCCGCUGCACCUACAACUACAGGUUUCCACAGAUGAUUACGGACUCGACGAACGUAGAAAUUACCCCAAUGCUAUGAGUCCAGUCAGUCAAAUGUCCGGACAUUCACACGGAAACUUUGAUUCUGUGAGUAUGAACAAAUUCUCACCACUUUCUCAAGAUUCGAAAGUUAAAGAGAAACAAUGGUAUGAGACGGCAUUGGACUCACCCACGAAAGCGGAUCCGCCAUUACUGAAAAAGAGUUCAAGUAUAAAACGGACCCCAAGUAUAGGUAAUUCACAGACAUACGAGAUAAUGAUCUCCUCUGGUCGUCAUUCAGCAAUGCAGAGUCCAAAUUAUAUACCAAAUAGUCCACCAGUGUUGUCCCCUAGUGCUGUGUCUUUGGAGUCACCUAAAAAUCUGACAGUUAUCGAACAAGGUAAAUGCAUACCAUACAGAGAAGAAACAAAACCUUUUGAAAUGUCGGACUUCUAUAAAUACUCUACAAAGUUCCGUCAAGCAAAUGUUCAGAAGGCACCAAGUUCAACUCAUAAUCCUAGUACAAUUUAUAAUAAAAUGCCCAUGGAAUUGCCGUCUUAUAGCCAAGAUCAUUGGCACAGUCACGGUAAUUAA